AUGGCCGACCACAGAAACUCUAGUUUUCUUCGCCAGUCCCACCACCCACGAUGGCAGCCACAAUCCUCCAAAAACAGACGACAAAAACAAACUUCAAAGCACAAAGUUAAAAACACUGGUAGCUCAGUGAGUCAUGUGUCUUUUACCCCAGUCCUAGGCACUUUCCACUGGUGGGGUAACUGGUUUCUCCUUCCACUAGUCAUCAUUUCAUAUCUGCCAUGUGAGGCCUGGGGCACCACCUUCAAAAUCGCCAUUGUGGGACCAUGGGUGUGUGACCCCAUGUUCUCCAAAGCCCUGCCAGACCUGGCAGCCCGACUAGCCACAAGCCGCAUCAACAAAGACCCUGAGCUUAAUAAAGGUUACUGGUAUGACUACACACUUAUCAAUGAGGACUGCACAGGCUCCAGAGGACUGGCUCGCUUUGCCGAGCUGGAGGGUUACGGUUCGGCUUUUCUUGGUCCAGCAAACCCUGGGUACUGCACUUCUGCUGCGCUUCUAACGAAAAAUUGGAACAAGGGAAUCCUGUCCUGGGCUUGCCUGAAGGCUGACAUGAAUGAUGGAAUGUAUCCCACGUUUCUCCGGCCGCUUCCGCUCUCCUCCCGCGUGCUCUUUUCCGUGUUGCGCUUUUUCCGCUGGGCGCAUGUUGGGAUUAUAACUGCAGAGAGCGACAUGUGGGAAGCGACAGGUCAUGAACUUGCAGCAUCCUUGCGUGCUCUUGGCCUGCCAGUUGGUGCUGUUGUCACCAUGGCAUUGAACAAGGAGGGGCCACGGCGAGCCUUGAAAGUAAUACGGGAAACAGAUCGCGUGAGAGUUGUCAUCAUGUGCAUGCACUCCGUUCUGAUUGGUGGAGAGGAACAAUACCGGUUGCUAACCACAGCAAUGGACAUGAGAAUGAUUGACCGAGGCUAUGUCUUCAUUCCUUAUGACACACUUCUGUAUUCACUGCCCCAUAAAGAUGUAAACUAUCCAAUUCUGGCCAAUGACACCAAACUGCGACGGGCGUAUGAUGGGGUCUUAACAGUAACUAUGGACCAAGGGGAACAGAACUUUUAUGAAGCCUUUAAUAAAGCACGGGAAUCCUAUGACAUCCGAACCAACACGCCGGCUGAAGAGGUUUCUCCAUUUUUUGGGACCAUCUAUAACAUGCUCUAUUAUAUAGCCAUGGCUGCAGAGCAGAGUCGAGCUGCGAGUGGAGGGCGCUGGGUGUCAGGCGAAGUUCUAGCUCAGAAUGAGGGUGGAUUCGAAUUUAAUGGCUUUAACCAGUGGAUAUCAUCAGGUACCAACGGAGAAGGGAUGCAGGCACGCUACGUCGUCCUGGACACAGAUGGCUCUGGGUCAAGCCUGCACCGUACACAUGCCCUGGAAGCGCCUCACACUUUCGGAAAAUACGGAGCGCUGAAGUACCUGGGGAAAUCAAUUCAUUUUGCGGGAGCUUCUCCAAGCAGGGACUCAAACUGUUGGUUCAGCCCUUAUAUUGCCUGUAGUGGAGGUAUAGAUGGUGUAACCCUCUUCUUAGUCUUCCUCUUCUGUGUAUUGGUUUGUGGAGCGGGUGCCUGUAUUCUGCACGUCAGAAAAUACGGGCAGUUGGGAAUAUCAGGAGUGUUUGGUGGAGGAGAAAUUGGAAAUGCUACUAAAAUAAUUCUGACACUGGAUGACUUGGUCUUUAUUAACACCACACUCAGCAGGAGGAAGCUGAACGAGGAAAGUAUGUUAAAAAGUCAACCUGAUGUUAAAACCCCACGUCACUCAGUUUCAGCUCGCAGUUACAUUACAUCAACUCCCGAAACCUCAAACGUUGCUGUAUUUGAGGGUGACUGGGUUUGGCUGAAGAAAUGCCCCUGUGAAGCAAAUGUGUCAGACAUCAGUGACAGCACACAGGCUAUUUUUAUCAAGCUCAGAGAUAUGCGCCAUGAGAAUCUGAACCUGUUUCUGGGCCUGUUCUUGGAUUCUGGCAUAUUUGGCAUUGUCACAGAGCACUGUACCAGAGGCAGCCUGGAAGACCUGCUCAACAAUGAGGAAAUGAGACUGGACUGGAUGUUUAAAUCUUCUCUCCUCCUUGACCUGAUCAGGGGCAUGAAGUACUUGCAUAAUCGUGGAAUUAUUCAUGGGCGUUUGAAGUCAAAGAACUGUGUGGUUGAUGGACGGUUUGUUCUGAAGGUUACAGAUUAUGGCUUUAAUGAAAUCAUCAACUCUCAAAACAUCUUCAUGGUGGACACCAAACCUGAGGAUUUGUUAUGGACAGCUCCAGAGAUCUUACGAGAUCCUCAGCUACAGAAGAAGGGAACAUAUGCAGCAGAUGUAUACAGCUUUUCCAUUAUCAUGCAGGAGGUGAUCUCACGCUGCGCACCUUUCUGCAUGCUAGACAUGCCCCCUGAAGAGAUUAUAGAUAAGGUGCGCUCUCCUCCUCCAUUGUGUCGACCUACUGUGUCUAUGGAUGAAGCUCCACUAGAGGUGAUUCAGGUUAUGAAGCAGGCCUGGAGUGAAGAGCCUGACAAGAGACCUACGUUUGAAGAGAUUUUCAGACAGUUUAAGAAUGUAAACAAGGGAAAAAAGACAAAUAUAAUUGACUCAAUGUUGCGGAUGCUGGAGCAGUACUCCUCAAACCUGGAGGAUCUGAUUAGAGAAAGGACAGAAGAACUAGAGGUAGAGCGUCAAAAAACAGAUGCUCUCUUAGCUCAAAUGCUGCCCAAGUCUGUGGCCCUGGCAUUAAAGACAGGAAAGCCAGUCAAACCAGAGCACUUUUCAGAAGCAACACUGUAUUUUAGUGAUAUUGUGGGUUUUACCACCAUCUCUGCUCUGAGUGAACCUAUCGAGGUGGUCGAUCUCCUCAACGACCUUUAUAUUCUCUUCGAUGGAAUCAUUGCUAUCCAUGAUGUCUACAAGGUAGAAACUAUUGGUGAUGCAUACAUGGUGGCAUCAGGGGUUCCCAACCGGAACGGUAACCGGCACGCAGCAGAGAUGUCUAACAUGUCUCUGGACAUUCUGCAUUGCAUCGGGACCUUUAAAAUGAGGCAUAUGCCUGAUGUCAAAGUCAAAAUCCGCAUUGGACUCCACACUGGUCCAGUAGUUGCAGGUGUUGUUGGGUUAAAGAUGCCUCGAUACUGUCUGUUUGGGGACACAGUAAACACAGCCUCCCGAAUGGAAUCCACAGGGUUGCCUUACAGAAUUCAUGUCAACCAGAGUACUGUUGAAGUCCUGAAUUCCCUCAAACUUGGCUACAAAAUAAAUACUAGGGGCAGGACAGAGUUGAAGGGUAAAGGUGUAGAGGAAACGUUUUGGUUGGUUGGGAGGGAAGGUUUCGACAAGGCGCUGCCUGUACCGCCGGACCUCACUCCAGGGGCAAGCAACCAUGGUAUUAGCUUAGAUGAGAUUCCGGUAGACAGGCGACAGAAAUUCCUGGAUCGGCAGAAGAACAUGGGAAAUUGAGGAUGUGAUGCUUCUGCACCAGACUGAAGUCAAGAAAUCUCAGCGAGUGGGAGGGGUGCCAAGGGUAAAUUGAGGUGUUACUGUUUUUCCACAUGGGUCAUUUCACAUUGAGAGAAAGAGACACCUGGACAUCAGAUAUACUCCGCCUGCUGAAAACAUUCACUGAACCAACUGCUAUGGAUUGUCACUGAGGACGGUUUAAAAACCAGAAGGAUUGUACUGAAGUUCAUUUAAUACUAAAUAAUAAUGCUAAAGACAAUGUUGAGAUAACAGCUCAUCAAGACAAAUGAGAACAACAGCACAUCCAUCAUCCAUCUCUGCAGUUAUGUUUUCUUCAAUUAAUCCACAAGAGAUUUUAUUCUUUGUUUGUUUGUUUGUUUCUUAAUUGCUAAAAACAAAAAAAAUGGUGCUUGUUUAUAAUGCACUAGCACCUGGCAAUUUAGUUAUAACAGUGGAAUAACACCUGUUAUAUAUCCAUGUAUUGAAAUUAUUUAAACUAGGACAUUUUUUACUAGAAUGCCACGUGUUAAAAUUGGACAUUCUGCACAUUCUUUUUUUGUGAAAAUGCUUUUUAUUCAUUUUCAGCAAUGCGGUACAAUUUCAAUGAGCAAAUGUCCUACAAAUACUUUAAACCCAGGAUUUUAUGGCAGACGAUCACAUGGACUCAUUUGAGUGGCUUAAAUGCAGUUCAAAGCAACAGAUAUAAUAAAAAGGAAACUCAAAUGAGCAUAUUAAACUCAAAUUGUCAGAUUUCGAACAUGACACAUUAUUCAAGUCAUUCUGUGUGUAAUAUCCUGAUGUCAAACCCUGUGGAGCCAUGAUGUGCAGUUCAUUAUCAACGACGAAGAAAAUGUAACCAAGUUAUCCAAAGAUUUUCUCUGCACUAUUUUGCCUGAGUAUAGAGUCCUCUACAUAUACUACAUACAGUAUAUGUUACAAAAGUCACAUUGUGUAAAGUCAUUGCAAGAAGGGGAUUUCAAUUUUGGCUUAGGCUAAAGUGUGAACCUCUGUCUACUGAUACCUCAACCACGAUUUGUAUGUUAUAAAAUGAAGCAAACAGGGAGCUACAGUCAAAGUAGAAUGUAUAGAAGCUGAAUCUCAAUUGUAAAUCACCAUUUUAUCUUGUCAGUGAUUGUGUAAAUAAAAGCU